AUGGCAGGAACCCGUACACAUGCUGCGGCAGAGGCGCGGCACCUUUUACGGCGGCUCAAAUACCACGUGACACGCGGGCGCUGGCGGAGAGCUUCGCGCAUCAUCAGCGUCCUCCUUUACCGCCAAGGCGACUUUCUUGAACAAGUUGUCAAUACAGGCUUGCAAGUCCUGCAACGAGCCGGUGAUGACUACGGGCAGACCAAACGCUUCUACCAGAUUGCUGCAGCCAUUCUCAAGCCGCAGGUUUGUCGAUUUAGCACCUGGCCACUGCGUCGAGUGGCAUGCCCACCACUGCCCGACAAGCCUCAGUUGCCUUUCACUUGGCUCGCACACAUCCAUGGUCUGCCCCGGCUUGACCAGGGCCUCAAGCUGGAGCUGGAAUUGGCCGUCUUUAUGCUGCGACACGGUGACUUGGCCGAGGCUGUCAAUGCCCUUGAACGCUGCCUUUGCAUGGAGCCCAUGCCAUUGUUGGAGUCGCGGUGCAUCACGCCUCAUUUCCUGCGCAAUUAUGUAAUAGUAACCACAAUCCAACGUGCCGUGCAUCUCCUGACCAUCGUGGUCAAUGGCCCCAACCCUCCGGCAAUGGCCGUGCUUGCUCUCAAUCAGGUGUAUAUUGAAGCCGGUGAUGCGAGUGCUGCCGCCACGGUCCUUACGCAGGCCAUUGAACGUGAUCCCACGUGUCCUCUUUAUCACGAGUAUGUUAAGAGACGUGUCUCAGCCAAACGCAUCCCAAAGCCAACGCUCAUCUCUGGCCUGCUGGACUGCAGCCCUUUAUUUUUGGCGCAAAAACGACUGGGAACAUCAGGCCUGCGCCUUUUGCCCGCCACCCGGCUGCAUGGCAUGCUUUUUGCACCUUGCUCAACGGAGAUAAACGGUACGCCAUCUGCCGUCAUCGCCGUGGCUUUUGGCACGGGCUUGUCUCAUGUGCAGUGCGGGAAUAGCAUGCUUCCUGGACGGCCCGAAGCACAUGAUGUGGACAUGGGCGUGGAAGACUUGGAGGAUGCGGACGGCAUGAGUGACGAGGUGCCCUGGUGGCGUGAACGACUCGACUGGUGGCAAGACGUUUAUUUUUCUGCGCGUCAUCUACCAGAUCAACUCAGUGCGGCUCUGGUGGCCGUCUUGCCGGCACGGAGCAUUCUGGUUCAGAUGCUUGGGCCCACAACAUUGAAAGAGGGAGAAGACUUUGUUGAACUAGUUGCCAGUGCAAUGGUGGAUCACCGGCACCGCGUUAGGACAAAGCUGGAAGCGUGCCACGCCUUGCUCGAGGCCCAGUCACCCUCGCAAGAACUGUGGCAAACGUACCUCACUCGCAUGAGCGAGUGUUCCUGCGCCUGGCCGGCUAGCCAAUACCUCGUACCUAGCCUCAGCCCAACGCCGCUGUCCAGGAACAACCGACCAGAGUCGGCUUCUGCAACCAACGCGUCAUUGCUGACCGCAUCGGCCGUGGCUGGUGUCAGCCAAGCUAGUCAGCUUGGUGGCUAUUCCCUCUCGGUCGGGCCGACCCUCGACUUUGCAGACGACCCCAUGAACCCCUUUGUGACCCCAAGCCGGCUACCCCAGUCGCAAAGGACUUUGCCACCCACCGAUGAAGCUGAAAGUGAGGAGGAUUGGACCAAGGCGCUGAGUAGCGACGAGGAUUGA